CGUCAAUGUCAGUGACGGCCCCGGGCCCCCGCCCCGCGCUCCGAGGCCGGGGCGUCCGUGCCGCUGGUUCAGUGACCGGGCCGAAUCCGCAAGCCCGUGACGUGUCCGUGUGCGGUAAUUCUUUACUCCUAAUUCGCUUAUUUUCUAUAAAUAAUGCAUGACGAGUUGUUAAUUGAAUCGGUACGGUCAAACAGAGUCUUGUACGACUUCUCUCAUCCAAAAUAUUGGGACAGUGAACAUAAAAACAAGUUAUGGAAUCAAAUCGGAAAGAAAUUAAACACCGAUGGAACUACGUGUCGCUCUCGCUGGCACAACAUUCGAGAUCAAUACAGAAAAACCCUCAAGAAGACCAUAGCCAAGAAAGGACAAAAUGCAAAAAAAGUUCCUUAUUAUAAAUAUCAUGAACUCAUGUCUUUUAUGGAUGGAUUUUUCCAAGAGCGAGAAAAAAAGGAGAUACUAACUGCAGAUGACGAGGCAGAUGACUUUUACGGCGUGCAAUUAAAAACAGAUAAUGAAGAUGCAGCUUCGUCUAAUUCUUCUAGACCUGAAUCAAGUAUGGAUACAUUUCCUCACGCUGUGGUGUGUUUAGAAUCUCCUAUAAACGCGAUAAUGCCACCCUCAGGGACCCAAGCACGACAUCCACUCUCUCCUGACCGACCUGGCUCCCCUAGAGCGUCAGAAUCUACUUCUUCUAAGGAGAAAAAAGAACUAAGUCGACUUACAAGUACGGCAGCAUAUUUAGUAGAAUAUAUUCUCAAAAAAAGCGAGAAAAAACCUGAACAUCCCAUAGAUAAGUUUUUAGAAGGUAUUGCACCCACGUUAAGAUCCCUGACUCCUUAUUAUCAGAAUUUAGCAAAGUCUGAAAUAUUUGCUACUGUCCAAAAAUAUGAGAUGAUGAUGCUUAAGGAAAGUCACGAUACAGCUAACAGUGAACUCAAGGAAGCAAAUGGACGAAACACAACAUCGGCAGAUAAUAAAGAUUCUGUUGAGAGGAUAAAAGAAAAAUAACUUAAUACAAUCAUCAUAGUUUUUUUUUACGUUUGUUGUGCUAAGAGCUAGCAUUUUGUAUAAGUACACAAGUAACCAUCUUGCUGGUGUGUUGACGCAAAAAACUAAAGUCAAGGAUUCAUCUGCAAGAGUAACGUAGCCUAGACUAAUCAAAUUAUUUAUUGUCCAUAAAGCUGAUACACAUAAGUUUUCCGCUAAACUGAUACGAGAAUACUAUCGAACACUUACUUGCGUAGCCGCAUCAUGCUAUCCCUUCACCUCGUCCAUAGCUGAUUGAUAAGAUAUGAAACCAAGAAUCUCACUCUGUAGUCCAGAAAACGAGAUUUUCUGUCAUAUUUUCGACACUGUUGUAGCGUCGUGCAUAGGUAGUCGCCACUGUUAGGGAAAAGAUGGUUACUAUGGAAGGAAAAAAUCUCUGUUAGGUAGAUGUUGCACCUGACCGGCCGCAGCCCCUUCCACAGUUCCUAUUCGUAGGUGGUAUAUAUACUGCGCGUCUUACAAAUUCUGCUACCACAACUCAGAAUUGACUACUGCCAUGUAAUGUAGUUAUUGGACAUUAUUUCCUAAUUAUCUAACACACUUUGUUUUAUAUCAAUGUUUGGUUGGAUUUAUGUGUUAUCCAAUAUUCCAUAAGUAUAUAUAUAAUUAAUACGUAAAAUGUACAUAACAUAUUAUUGAGGCAGUAAAUGUUAGAUCGAACGCAACACAUGAAUUAUAUUUUUAAUAUUUUUGUAUAACAUGACGUAAUAAUACGGCAACUCUAUGUUUAUAUAAAUACAAUCCAAAAGUAAAUGAUAGUAAGAAAUUUGUUUAUCUCAUAUUUUGGCAUAUUUUAUAUAUCAUGAUAUUCUGUUCACACAACAAGUCAGUGGCGAAGGGAUUCCUGCCGGCUUCCCUUUAUGUAGUAAUUUAUGAUAAUUAGUUAUCUUUAGAACGAUUUGCAGACCGCAUUUAAGCAUAUUAGCAUAUUAUGUUAUGUCGGGUUCGCGUUCGGAAAAUUUCGCCUUUCGCCACUGCAACACGUUAUAUAAUUGGUGAAUGCUGAGUGUACCUGUUAUUGGCAUAUAUAUCAGCUACAAUAACCUUAGCAGUGUUUGUGUAUAUUUGUAUAAAUAUGUAUGGUUUUGGUAUACCUUUUAAAUACAGAAAUAAAUCUCAAAACUUUAUCAUAGUAAAUGUUUCGUGUCGGAGUACAUAAUAGUACGAGUUUUUUCAUCCUAAAUGUUUUUUUUAUAGGAGCACGUCAAAGGGACCCUACUGCACCUGAUGGUGGAAUGGGGUCCAAUAGAAUGUCGACUUACGAGAGAUGAUUACCCUUCGGCAGUCGACAAAAUUAUGCCGGCCUGUUAGAACCGGAUAUAUACAGGCUGAUUCUGGAACGCGACACACUUACGUGGGCCACUAUGGCGGGUUUUAACACUUUGUGUACGGUGGUCGCUAUCCAAGAAGAUAUAAAAUAUAUCUUACCACCAGCUAAUCUACUGCUGAUGCAGAUGUGCCGUAGCAUUGCAUUAUAACGUGGUUAAAUAAAGCCUAAACCAUACCAGAAAAGCAGGCCUGUGUCUAGCAGUGGAACCCUAUAAUACAGGACUGGUAUCAUUAAACUUUAUUUCGACUUUAUACAAAUUGUAAGAGUACAUUUUAAAGUAUAACUUCGUAACUAAAGUAUCUAUUGCGGUCUAAAAAUAUUAAAUGUUAUAUUAUGAAAACAAAGUUGUUUUUAUUACCGAGACAUUAUGCAUACUGUGGUGGCAAAACUACGUAACUCACACAGUCGCGCCUUUUAUAUGCAAAAGAGAAGGAAAGGCCCCUAGUGCACUCACAUUUCGCCUUGUGUGUUCUGACUAAUA